AUGACAAUACCAGUGAUGAUGAUGGUGGUGAUAUUAUUACUGUAUGGUAUAUUUCAUUCAACAAAUGGUGAUCGGCAGGAGGCAGAGCUAUUCUUUGGGGCUGCCAUUUAUUUCCACCCUCGUAUUAUGGAAGCAUGGAUAAUAUUGCACUUGUUCUAUGUAAGCAUUGAAAAGAAUGAAGGUGCUGAUAUUGCCCUAAGGAAAGCAAAGAAACUUAUGACCCAGUAUAGAGAGGAGCUGAAUUACCUAUGUAUGUCAAGUGAGCCUUUGGCAUGGUCACCAACAGCAAUGAAGGAUGAAUCAGUGUUCCUGUUAACUGCAAAACUUCUGCUGCAACUUCAUGCAUAUCAGUUUUCAGAACUGGCCUUGUCACAAGAGCUCUUACUGCAUGGGACUUCCACUGCUUACAGAUACUAUUUAUCUGUUGGACAUUACUUAUCAGGGCGGUAUGAUGAUGCCAUAUCACAUCUGCAACAAAUUGUUGAUGGAGAUUUCAAGUCUUCUUUCCUGAACUUGCCUCUUAGUGGCUGUCCAGAUCAGAUAUCAUUGUUUGUAAUGGCCUGCCUUGAUUCAUUUGCUCCAUUGUACCAUUUAGAAGAGUUGUGUGUGUUCAUGUAA